GCCGCCAUACGUAGGGUCUGACGUCCUCAUAUCCAUAUGGAAUUAGUUCUACUUGGUACCCACUCCGAUUGCAAUAAAUAGGAUUGAAUCAUACCUUCAUUUCAUCAUUCAAUCAGUACGUACAAGAAGAUAUUAAAUUUAAAACAAAUCUGUAACAAAAAUGGCAAGCAGAGUACCAAGAAGGCAUUUGGGUUCACAGGGUUUAGAGGUCUCAGCUCUGGGUUUAGGCUGCAUGGGCAUGUCCGAUCUCUACGGAGCUCCCAAACCUGAACCCGACAUGAUCAAGCUCAUCCACCACGCCAUUAACGCUGGUGUUACCCUCCUUGACACCUCCGAUGUCUACGGCCCCAAAACCAACGAAAUCCUUCUCGGCAAGGCUUUGAAAGGGGGGAUGAGGGACAAAGUGGAGCUGGCUACCAAAUUCGGGAUCAAACUCGACGGUUCGUGGCAGGUCCAAGGCGAUCCCGCCUAUGUCAGGGCUGCUUGCGAAGCUAGCCUCAAGCGACUUGGCGUGGAUUGCAUCGAUCUCUAUUAUCAGCACAGGAUUGACACCAGUGUGCCAAUCGAAAUCACGAUGGGUGAACUAAAGAAGUUGGUCGAAGAAGGUAAAAUUAAAUAUGUUGGAUUAUCAGAAGCAUCAGCAUCGACGAUUAGAAGAGCACACGCUGUGCAUCCAAUUACUGCCGUACAAAUGGAAUGGUCCUUGCAGUCAAGAGAUGUUGAAGAAGAAAUUAUUCCCACUUGCAGAGAACUUGGGAUAGGGAUUGUUGCGUAUAGUCCUCUAGGACGUGGUUUUUUCUCACAUGGUCCAAAGAUGUUAGAGAAGUUGGAAGAAAGUGACGCCCGUAAGUACUUGCCAAGGUUACAACCUGAAAAUCUUGAACACAACAAGAUUAUGUACGAGAGAAUUAAUGACCUAGCGACAAAGAAAGGGUGCACAACUUCUCAGCUAGCGUUAGCCUGGGUUCUUCACCAAGAAAAUGAUGUUGUACCCAUUCCAGGUACCACCAAGAUAGAAAAUUUUGAGCACAACAUUGGAGCUUUAUCUGUUAAAUUAACACCAGAAGAUAUGGCUGAACUUGAAUCUAUUGCAUCACCUGAUUCAAUCAAGGGGGAUCGAUAUGGUGCUGGUUUAAAAACAUAUAAGGACUCAGAGACUCUUCCAUUAUCUGCAUGGAAAGCUUAAUCAAACCAUACGAGUGUUUUGUUUAUUCGUGUGCUCCUAUAUCCAUAAUAUCAUAUUUGUUUUCUUUUAAGAGAUGUUUUUUAGUUUUUAAACCUUCGUUGCACUUAAUAAGCGUUUACUUUACUAUUGCAUGUAAUUUUGAGAAGAAUAAAUAAAGGCAGUUUUCUUGUUUGAAGUGCA